UUCCGUUGUUGUCUCUUUGCUGGCUUAAAGUUCGCGAAAGUCGACGCAACAGCUCGCUCUGUUGGCGCUCCCCUGACGGACCAGGAAAGAGCAGCGGAGUGAUGCCUCUCGCUCCUCCUCGACGAUCUUCGACGUUAAACUGACGAGUCGAGCGACAUUUUCGGCACAGCAUCAUCAGCGCUGACGUGGGAGCUACGUGAGCGAAGGCGAGGCGAGGCGCAGGCCGUCCACCCGUGCUGUCAUUAGUGACGAGUCAGACUACGUAAAAAAAAAACUUCGGUGACCAUGGAUACAUCGGCAUCGUCUCAGCUGGAUAGCAGUUUAAAUGAUUCAGUGACAGAUGGAGAGAAGGAUCGCGGCGAAGCCAACGCAUCUCCCGCAGCCUCCGAUCAGGUCUUGUUGCAAACGGAGUCCGAAGUGGCCGUCGUGCAGCUGUCGGACGGCCAGGCCGCGUCGGUGCAAGGAGUCAUCCAAGCCCCUCAGACCUCUGUUAUCCAGUCGCCACAAGUCCAGACUGUUCAGAUCGCCACCGUGGCGGAGCUGGAGGACGGCGGGUCGGUCACGGACACACAGAAGAGACGGGAGCUCCUCUCCAGACGUCCGUCGUACCGGAAAAUCCUAAACGAGCUGUCGUCGGACACGCCGGCGGUGCCUAAAAUCGAGGAGGAAAAGGGAGAGGACGAUGUGCCGGUCACCGGCAGCCCCACAGAAUCAGUUCCCAGCUCCAUCUACCAAACCAGCUCAGGACAAUACAUUGCCAUCGCUCAGGGCAGAGCCAUCCCCCUGACCAGCCCCGCCGUCGAAGCCCUUCAGGGAGCCCAGACGCUGACGGUGACGGGUUCCCCCACGCCGCAGACCGGAGCCGCCGUCCUGCAGGCUGCAGACUCGCCACACCAGUUCUUCAUCCAGGGAGGACAGGUCCUCAUCCAAGCUGCCACGGGAGACAUCCCCGCCUACCAGCUGCGUUCGCCCAACUCGGGCCUGGCUCAGAGCAUCGUGAUGGCCGCGUCUCCCAGCAGCAUGCAGAGCCCGUCGUCGCAGCACGCCGAGGAGAUCACCCGCAAGAGGGAGGUCCGGCUGAUGAAAAACAGGGAGGCAGCGCGAGAGUGUCGCAGGAAAAAGAAGGAGUACGUCAAAUGUCUGGAAAACCGCGUAGCCGUGCUGGAGAACCAAAACAAGACACUGAUCGAAGAGCUGAAAGCACUGAAGGACAUUUACUGCCACAAAGCCGAGUAGCAGCCGCUGCCCCGAAGACAGUUCCCAGACUGGGAUAUCGGGAGGGGAAACAAAAAAAAAAGACUCCAGAACAAAACAAAAAAAUAAACUGCUUUAAUCGUCUUUGUUUCUCUGCUCACUCAGGCCUGACGUAUGCCAAAAAAAAAAAAAAACGACAAAGUGUUGUGGAGGUCGCAGACAGCUCCAGCUUGCCAGUGUCGCUCCUGUUCUUAGCCUGUGCUCUUUGCAUGUGAACACUCUCGAGUGUUGUAAACUCUGCGCUUGCUGUCGCUGUUGUUGCGCGUGGGGCGAGGCCCGGCCAAUCAGAGCCGGCCGAAGGAGGGGAAACAGGAAGAGGAGAUGCAGAUGCUUCCUGGAAAUCUACUGAGGACUUUUUUUUAUUUUUCUUUGUAUCAGAAAAACGACAAGAAAACCGCUGGAAGUGACGGAGGUGAGGAGGGUCAGCCAGGUCUCACAACCAGCAGCUUUUUUUUUUUUUUUUGUUGUUGUUUCUCCAUCCUAUCGAAUGAGCAGGAGGCUCCACAAGAUCUACCAGCAGCUCAAAGCGUGUUUACCUGAAGAUGUCAUGUGUGCAGUCGAAGCUUCUGCUUUUGGUUUUUGCAUUGUCAUUAUUGAAAAAAAAAAAAAAGCACAAUUAGGGAGGUGUGACGUCAAUGAUUUCUAUAUUUCCCUCUUUAAAAAUGUCUCUUUUUAACAAAACUUAAAGUAAGAUAAAAGAGAAUUCAUGUUUUUUUUUUUUUUUUUAAAACAAGAAGACAAUAUUUGAAUGUAAACGUUGAUAGUCAAUAUCAAGGAAGAAUUUCUUCUCUUAAAAAAAGUGAAUUAUGAGUGUAUAAAAGUGUCUAAAGCACAGAAAUGUUAAUUCUGAAAGUGAACAUAUAUUCUGUGAAACAUAUGUUACCUGUAAAAAAAAAAAAAUCUAUAUUAAGAAUCUCGACAGUAACUGUUCUUUAGUUUUUUUAAACCAGCGUCCUGUUUCUGAAAGCCUGAGUCAUGGAAGAAAACUGUAUUUGUUUGUGGUCUGAUUAUUGAAAAAUACUCUGUUUAAAGGGUGAUGCCAGUUUCUUAACUCUGUUUUUGUAAAGACACUUUAUUUCAAAAUGCAGCUUUUAAUGACUUUUUCUGCUGUUAGGAAAAAAACUCAAGCUCUCUGUCCCGGUCGACGUUGUUGGGUUUGUUCUUGUAAUUAGUUUGAUGACUUGUUUUAAUUUCUGUUAAUAUUGCUGAAAAUUGACCUUUUGGCUGCUGAGGCCCUUCUGGCGGCAGUAAAGUACUUAUUUACUGUUUAACUCCUUAACGUCUGCAUAUUUGUCAUCAAGUUUUGUACUUUCAGACGAGUCUCUGUUCUGUUUAACUCUUUGUUAAAAAGUGGGGCGCAUUUUGUUUUGCACUUAGCUGAUUUUUGUCUAAAUAACUCCAUCUUCUUUGUCUUCUCUUAGUGUAUUUUUUGUGUUUUAAUUGUACAAUUGAUUUUUUUUGUCUAAUAAAAUUUUUAAAUCUGA